AUGAAGGUCGUUGUUGUUGGAGCCGGUGUCAUUGGACUGACUACUGCCCUAACUCUGAGGAGAGAAUUAAAAUGCGAGGUGCUUGUGAUUGCCAAGGAGAUCCCUGGUGAUACUGACACUAUCUACACUUCUACCAAAGCUGGAGCUCAAUGGGUGAUGCCAAAGGAGAGCGAGCGUGCCAAGUACUCGUAUCCGAUUUACAAAGAGUUGAGUGAAAUUCCUGAGGCUUGGAUCAUGAAGAUCCCAUUGUACUGUGGAGAGAUCGGGUCAACUUCCAAGACGUUUGUGGAGCCAGCCGAGAAGUCGUUUGCUGAUGGCUACGAAUACAUCGGACAAGAUCCCGUCAAGUUCCCAGGUGUGUCUCAUAUCUACAAAUUCAACACUUUCACCAUUUCUCCUCCGCAGUACCUGAUGUACUUGGCAAGUCUGCUACUUAAGGAAGGUGUGGAGAUCCACCGUGGUGUUGUGAGAGACCUUGAUGCUGUCAAAUUCAAGGGAGAAGAUCCUGACUACAUUGUUAACAGUACAGGUAUCCAGUACAACGAUUUGGAGGGACGCAACGACCCUGAACUACGUCCCAUCAGAGGCCACACUUUGCUGAUCGAAAACAGUCUUCCUUAUCAGGUUACAUUCAACGAGGAGGACCCGGCUGAAGAAGGCGAGUUCUUGAUGGUUUUCCCAAGAAAGGAAGGAGGUUCUGUGCUCGGUGGAAUCUACGACUCCACGUCCCCAAGAUUUGAUGCCUCAAUUCAUCAGGACUUUGUCGAGAGACUGCAGAGAAAAGCAGAAAAGCAUAUUCCUGAGCUCAAGGGAAAGAUUAACAUCCUGAAGCACAAUAUCGGGUUCAGACCGCACAGAGACAGCGGCGCGCGAAUUGAGUUCGACCCGCAAAACCCCAAGCUCGUGCACAACUACGGUUGUGGAAGCCUGGGCUUUAUCGAAAGUUGGGGCUGUGCAAAAGAGGUACUUGAAUUAAUUAGAGGUUAA